AUGAACCCGUCUCGGUUUUCGAAAUCACGAUCCUAUCAGAAGAUUUUCACUCCACCACCAGGAACUCGUUAUCCGAACCAUCGUCAACAGGAACUAUCUCCCGAGAGGCAAACGCCAAACAGCAAAGUCAGUGGGAAUAGCGAUUACCAAAGUACUAUGCAACAAGCGAACGACGAUUGCAAUACUACUACCACUACACCACCAUUGCGAGCAGGAAUGAAAAGAGAAAGCAUUCCACUCUAUGCGAUGCAUUCUACUAGAACGAUUCAAAACGCCAUCAUGGUCCCCAAUUCACCAGGCAGUAGUGCGUCGGAGAGUGAUCAGGACGAGAAGCAACCACUCAAAGAGAGAAUCAAGAACCUUCAUCCUGCUACCGGUACGGAUACCGACAACAUUAUCUACGAAAUGACAAGUGACAGCAUGACAUCUCCCCAAUCGCGACAUCCACAAAACAUUUUUCGCGAUAGAACCUUUAACGACUCCACAGAGGAUGAUGCAUCGCCAAGUAGCAGUCGACGAUUGGACCCCAAUCAACGAGACGAAAACGAUCCUCCUCGAACGAACAGCAAGAUUCACAUGGCACCAUCUUCAUCAUCAGGCACCACGACAAAAUUGCAUCGAUUAUGCCAAAACAUGCUCACAUUUGGUGAUAUUUUGCUGGCAAAAUCCAUUCUGAGUAGUGAAGAUGCCUACAAUGACAAGAAUAGCGCAUCCAUCAAGGACGAUCGAGGUGCGACGCCGCUCCAUGUCUUUGCCCGAAACAAGGCACUGGCUGCAAAGGUCUGCCCGUAUCAUGGGGAGUCCUCCAAGGGGUUUUCAAAAUUGUAUCCACAAUCGUCAUCAUUUGAUACUCUGGAAGCAGAAUCGAACUUGAAAAAGGAGAUUGUCAAAUUCCUGGUCCAUGAUCUGUUGGCUGCGAGUCCAAAAGCCACAGUUCAAGUAAACAAUGAGGGUUUCAUACCCUUUCAAGCUGGCAUAGCUGACUGGGUCCACACGUGCCAAAAUAAUGUACGAAAUGCGGCCUCUAGAAAGACUGGUCGACAUACAACUACAAUGGGUCAAGUUUGGGAGUCGACGUCCACGACGUUGACGAAUGCAAUGAAAUUAGCACAAGGGAAAGCAACAGGAGGAUCGCAAGCAAAACUGUCAUUAGAGGAUUUGGAACAAGGUCAAGGACUUCAGGCCGGCGUCCCGUCAGUAUCUAACAAUACGUCUGAGAACCACCAUGAAACUCGUGAGGUUGGCAACCUGGUGGCGCUCAGUGAACACGCUCGCUUUAUUUUCAUCAUGCUCUCGGCGAUCAUUGACCGGUUGGAAAUGCACGACUCUUCCAGACAGGCUUCGUCUCCUCGAUUUGGUAAUUCUUUUUCCAAUCAAGGAGGUUUCGAAAGGACCGGCAGAAUGAAUAUCCGAGGCCUCAAGAGGAUUGAAGGAGCUAGUGAGAUUGCAGCAACUAUCAUCGAAGAAGUUGCAUCCAUUCCAGGAUUAAUGGAGACAUUGCUUCUUAUUGAAGAUGAUAGUGAACGGGACUUUGCCAUAUCGCAAACUAUCAUUCUCCGAGUAAUGGCAAGUCGAAGAACAAUCGGAGUCUGGCUGACAGGAAUGUUGCAAAGUGACGAUCGAAAAGUGGCAUUUCGAGCCGUAGACUACCUCAAGACGGCUUCCAUCGAAUGUGCCAAGAACAGCACUUCAACCUUGCAGGGAUCUACAGGUCCUCGGGUUCAAGAUUGUGCGGGGCACAUGCCACUGGUGGAUGAACUCAGUAAUCUCCAAGAUUUCAUCCCUGCUCUUCUUGCACUAGGAGAUCAAGGAAUGGAAGAAGCUUCAACGACGUUGAUAGUGAAAGGUGCUCUCGAUAGACUGAUAUCCAAGCCAUUCUCUGUGACGGUAAUCCUUUGCGAUGUCAUCUUUUUGGUAAUCAUGAUCCUAGGUUUUCGCUCUUCCGUGAGGAAUCUGAUAUCAGGAAGAGACUUGGGCAAUGUGUUGUGGUGGAUUUACGUCGCCAACAUUGGCAUUUUCUAUUUCAUCAUGCGUGAAAUUGGAAAGCUAUUUAGCCUUUUGAGUAUUGCCAAGCGCGCUCGAAGAUACUUUCUUUCAUUUUGGAAUCUCAUUGAUUUCUUGGCCACAUUCCUUGCUUUGAUUUCGACUGUGGCCAUGCGCUGGCAUUUUGCUCUGGACAAUCGUGGGCUAGAUGACUUUGGUAUGCUCCGAAAGUUGCUAGCAGUAACGACUGGAUUCCUCUGGCUGCGAGUGUUGAGUCUUCUGAAAGCAAUCAAUAUGCAACUGGCAACAUUUGUGUUGGCAAUCAUUCAGAUUACAAAGGAUAUCUUGUGGUUCUGUGUCAUUUUGGUGACUCUUGUAAUCUCCUUUGCACAGAUGUUCUUCACCGUAUUGGCGCCAGCAUCCUGUGCUACAGACAAUACUGACAACAUGCAAUGCAAAGAGAGCGACUAUUUGCUACGGGUCUACACGAUAUUGCUGGGCGAUUUCGGAAACUUUGAUUUGGAUAGCUUCCAAUCAGGGUUCCCAGUAUUUCUCUUGGUGUUGUUUUCUUUCCUUGUCACGGUGGUCCUUCUCAAUGUUUUGAUUGCCAUUGCUUCGGACAGCUAUGAAAAAUGUUUGAUUCGUUCUCAGCACCUGUUCGGUAGAGCAAGGAUCAUGCUAGUCGCAGAGCUCGUCUCAUUUCAGAACCUUCUGAAGCGGGCGGAUCAAAACAAUGAUCAAAGACUAGACCUACUCCCACUGGUCUACAGCGUCUGGUGGACAAGAAGCUCUGUAUUUGAGCAUUGGAGCAGGUCAUCGGUCUUAUUCUUCUGUGUUUCUGGGUCUGUCACUCUGGUAUGGACCCUCGCUGAGCUGUGGGGCUACUCCAGUGGCGACCAUCAUGGGAGUGUCAUGUUGUGUCUUUCGAGUGUGAUUGUGAAUGGACUUCUCUUCAUGAUGAUCAUGACAUUCUUGAAGAAAGCAGCCAGUAAAACGAACGCUAUAAAAGGUGACGCUGAUAGAGAGGCAGAUGGUUUCACGGAUGGUUACAUUCAACAGGCAAUGCUUCAUGUGUUGGGAACAUCUCAAAAGCUGAACCGUGACCAAAAGUCCAAGAGGGGCAACUUUAACGAUUGGAGCGGUCGAGUUAACUAUCUCCAAAAAGAAAUGAUGAGGAUCUCAAAGGAACAAGAACUUCGGUCUCAAGAACACAUGAGAGCCAUUGAAAACUGCAUUACUUUAUCCGAGACAAGACUACGAAUGGAAAUCAAUGAACUUCAUGAUCGUAUGGGUAACCUAACUCAAGGCGGAACCGUCGAAGGGGUAGACGACGACCGCCAAUACGAUUGUUGA